AUGACGGGUCCAGACCGGGCUUUGCUCAAUCGCCGCUCCUCCACGCAGCAUUACCAGACUUUCGAUACCCCACCGCCCAAGUCGCGUGGGCGACCUAACUCGGGCCAGUCCGAGUCCUCCGCAGACGCCUCACACGAUCCCCACAAUGACACCGCUGAUUCCCCUGGAACGUCAUCACCGCUACCGAAGAGGCAGAUGGCAGUGCUAGCGAUAAUUGCCCUCGCGGAGCAAACAGCGUUGAACUCGAUCAGUCCUUACCUCCCACACAUGGCAUCCACAUUCCCCGAAGUGGAACCGAACCAGGUGGGUGUAUAUGUGGGUAGCAUUGCAUCGGCCUUUGCGCUAGCUCAGUUCAGCACAAAUUAUUUUUGGGGCUGGCUGUCGGAUCGUGUUGGUCGAAAGCCGGUGAUCCUGCUUGGCACAUUUCUGACUGCACUGUGUUUCGUUGCAUUCGGAUUCUGCAGGAAUCUUGUACAAGCUAUAACUGUUCAGGCGUUGAUGGGUGUGGUAAAUGGCAACCAGGGCUUGGUGUCCACCUGUCUCGGAGAAAUCACCGACCGAAGCAACCAGUCGCGGGCUUUUACCUACCUCCCGGUACUAUACGGGAUUGGAGGUAUAACAGGACCCCUCCUAGGAGGUCUUCUCGUUUUUGAGACGAACCCUUUCACUGGCAAUGCAAACCCAUACCCCUACCUUGCGCCAAACAUACUGUCUGCUGUUGUCCUUCUGGUCGACUUUGUUGUGACGGCUAUCUUCCUGGAAGAGAGUCUCGAGGACGCUGAAAGCCUACCAAAGAUUGGCAAAAAAGUGCGCAGCUUAUUCGCAUGGCUGUGGCAGUUCACCGGCAAUUCUCGCCAUCCGACCUACGUGGAGAUUUCGCAAGCAGUGCCAUAUCACCACGGUCAUCCCGAUAUAGAGACUGAGGAUCACGACAGUGAUCUAGACUCUGCGUCGGAGGUAUCAAGCACCCUUAGCCACCACGAGGAACUCACUUGGGGUGAGAUCUUCGCCCGAGAUACCAUUCUACUUCUGUUGACAUACCUGAUCUUUGCUUUCUGCAAUGUUUCCUUCAACUCGCUGUUCCCAAUCUUCGCCCAAGCUAGGCCUCCUGCUGGGCGGUCCCUCAGCCCGUCCGAGAUCGGCCUUGCUCAAGGGUUUGCUGGAUUUGUGACGAUCAUUUUCCAAAUCUGUAUCUUCAACCGUCUGCGAGACAAGAUGGGCAAUCGGUGGUCUUACCGCGCAGGCCUGUUUGGCUUUGUCGUCUCGUUCAUCUUGAUGCCUUUCAUUGGGUACAAGAGCAAGACUAGCAACGGCCUGACCGGCAAGUCGGCUCUCAUGGCUAUCGAGCUUUGCCUCGUGUUGCUGAUCAAGACCAUCGCCUCUGUGGGCGGUCUGACCAGUGCUUUGCUUCUGAUCACAAACUCGGCACCUAAUCAUGCCGUCCUUGGCGCUCUGAAUGGUCUUGCUCAGACUCUUUCCGCAGCGGGACGUGCAGUGGGUCCAUUCCUCUCUGGAGGCCUGUUCUCCCUCACGGCCAAGAUCCAGCCUAAAGGAGAGGCACUGGCAUUCGGGGUCUUCGCCGCGGUCUCCUUCAUUGGCUUCAUCAUGAGCUUCGGCAUCCGUGGUCGUUCACUCGAAUCAGAGGGUUGGGGUGAAGAUAGUGACGGAGACAAGUCGGACGAGGACGAGCCGAACGAUGUUUGA